UUCAUCUUUCACUUACCACAAUCUGGUAAAUCAUGUUCACCUAAUUUCCUUUGUUUUUUUCCCUACACUUGAAAAACCCUAAUUUCACCUCCCCAUCUCCCCCCAUAAAAAUUUCAUUCCACAAUCAAACUCAAAAAACAAAUUAAAAAAGAGUUAAAAUUUUUACCCAAAAUACCCACUUCAGAUUUUCACAGAAACCCAACUUAAAGGGAAACUUUUUUUCUGGGCUGUAAAAUUCUGAAGCUAGGAAAUUCAGAAAUGGUGGAAAUUUCAGGUGAAAGGCGGGAAAAUGAAGUGGUUAAGUCAGAAAAAGUGGGAGUAGCCAUUGAAGAGAGAGAAAAUGAUGACGGUGUUGCAGAAGCAGAACUUGCGGUUGCUGUAGCUGAGAGGAAUUCAGCAGCAAAUAGAUGGCCAAAGCAAGAAACCAUGGCUUUGCUUAGGAUAAGGUCUGAAAUGGAUUUUGCAUUUCGAGAUACUGGCUUUAAAGCUCAUCUUUGGGAUGAAAUUUCUAGGAGAAUGGUUGAGCUCGGAUAUCAUAGAAGUGCCCACAAAUGUAAACAGAAAUUCGAGAACAUAUACAAAUACCACAAGAGACUGAAAAAUUGCUCAUAUAGUCGUUCAAAUCGCAAGGCAUACCGGUAUUUUGAUCAGUUAGAAGCUUUAGGUAACCGUCAGAUUUCUUUCCAAGCUUCAGCUUCUGAGCCAGCAGAUACCUCUAUGAACGACACACCAUAUGUUGUGUCUCCAAUCUAUAGCCACCCUCAGAGUGUAUCCCAAUUGACGAUGCCUUCAUCGGUAAACUUCGAUCCUUUCACGAUUUCAACAUCUACUAUCUCAACUUCAGGAAGUGAAUCUGAGGGAGCUCGGACGAAAAAGAGAAAAUGGGUAGAUUAUGUUGAUAUAUUAAUGAAAUCUGUACUUGAGAAACAAGAGGCUUUGCAGAAUAAGUUCCUGGAAGCAGUAGAUAAACAUGAGCGUGAGAGGCAAGCAAGAGAAAAGGCAUGGAAGAUGCAAGAUAUGGAUAGAAUCAAGAAAGAACAUGAGCUUUUGAUGCAAGAGAGGUCAAUAUCAGCAGCAAAGGAUGCAGCAAUUGGAUUUUUGCAGAAGGUUUUCGAGCAAGGAAAGUUUUCUGGGCCAAUCAUGGAAAACCUGAGUCAAGAAAUGAGCAUCGUGUGUAACAAAGAGAAAGAUAAUAACGGUGAAAUCUUCUCUUCACGGUGGCCAAAGGAAGAAGUUGAAGCUUUGAUAAAGACUAAAACUAAUAUGGAGUUGGAGUACCAAAGAGUUGGUCAAAAGGGGCCUAUGUGGGAAGAUAUUUCUACAACAAUGAGAAACUUUGGUUAUGAUCGAAAUGCUAAAAGGUGCAAGGAGAAAUGGGAGAACAUAAACAAGUAUUACAGGAGAGUGAAAGACAGCAACAAACACAGGAAUGCCGAAUCUAAAACAUGCCCUUACUUCCACCUCCUUGAUCAACUGCAUAAUCUGAAAACCAAGAGGUUUGAUAACAACAGUUCAGAGAAUUCUGGUAGUAACAUGAGACCAGAAGAGCUCUUACUACACAUGAUGAAUCAUCAUCAUUCAAGGCAACAGCAACAAGAACAGGCAGUUUUACAUCAAGAACAAGGUGACUUGAAUAUGCAAAACGGCAAGCUUAAUCAUGAUGAAGAAGCUGGUAAUGAUGCAGAAGGUGAUUAUCAUGUCGUUGCUCACAACCCUUUGGCUGUGAGCGUUUGAUUAAGGACAUAAUGCAAGAGACGUUUAAUUUAUCAAGUUGAAUUUCGAGAAGUGAAGGAGCAUCCGGUUGUGUAUAAAAUCACUUACUGAUGGUUGUGGUUGUACAAGGAAAUGUGACGUCUCAAAAGUGAGGUGAUGAUCGUCAUUUGGAGAGUAUAUAUGCAAUAGAGAAUAGAGUCCGGGAAAUUAUAUGUAUGUCUUUGUGUAGACAUCUCUUUUUCUAGUUUUUGGCAGUCUAGUCUUGACCCUGUGCUUGCACAAGGUUGGUAAUGAAUGUCGAUGUAGUGUUUUAUUUGUUUGGGGCAAAUAAAAAUAGCGUGGAAAUGAGGCCCUUUUCUUCA